AUGUCGUCUGUAAAAGUUGCUGUACGUGUACGACCCUUCAAUAGACGAGAACUUAUGAUGAAUAGUGAGUGUAUCAUUUCAAUGUCGGAUAAAUCAACAAGUAUAAGGAAACCGAACUCAAAGGAACCAGUGAAAGUUUUUGAAUUCGACUACAGUUACUGGUCACAUACAGAUAAAUCUGAUCCAUUCUAUGCAGAUCAAAAACAGGUCUACAGUGAUAUUGGUGUUGAUGCUUUAAAUCAUGCUCUGGAAGGAUAUAAUGUAUGCAUAUUUGCCUAUGGUCAAACAGGAUCCGGGAAAUCGUAUACAAUGAUGGGUAAACCAGGUGUUGAUGGACAAGAGGGUAUUAUUCCCCAACUGUGUCGUGAUCUAUUCAAACGAUUGAAUAACACGCCAUCAAAUCAAAUAGUACAAAAUAUGGUCGAGGUGUCAUAUAUUGAAAUUUAUUGUGAACGUGUCAGAGAUUUACUCGACCCAAAGAGUAAAGGAAAUCUACGCGUUAGAGAACAUCCUAUACUUGGACCAUAUGUUGAAGAUUUAUCAAAAUGUGCUGUAAUUUCAUUCGAUGAAAUCAAUGAACUAAUUGAUGUGGGUAAUAAAGCAAGAACUGUUGCUGCUACUAAUAUGAACGAAACAAGUAGUAGAUCACAUGCUGUUUUCACAAUAGUUGUUACACAGAAAUCUGAAGAUACAACAUAUGGGACAAUAAGUGAAAAAGUUAGUAAGAUAAGCUUAGUUGAUUUAGCUGGAAGUGAACGUUCCGAUGCAACAGGUGCAACUGAUGUCCGAUUGAAAGAAGGCGCGAACAUCAAUAAGUCUCUUACGACACUGGGGAAAGUUAUAGCUGGAUUAGCUGAUAUGAGUUCAAAACGCAGAAAGAAAGGAGAUUUUAUUCCGUACCGUGAUUCUGUACUCACAUGGCUGUUGAAAGAAAAUCUUGGCGGUAAUUCACGUACGACAAUGAUUGCAGCUUUAUCACCAGCUGAUGUCAAUUUCGACGAAACUUUGUCAACUCUACGUUAUGCAGAUAGAGCUAAAAGCAUUGUUUGCAAAGCUGUUAUCAACGAGGACCCUACAGCAGUUCUAAUAAGAGAAUUAAAAGCAGAAGUUGCACGUUUAAAACAAAUUCUUAAAUUAGAAGAAGAAGGUCAAAUGAGAAAAUCUUCUACUGUCUCUAUAGCAACCUUGACACAUCAACAGUCUUUAGAAGAUUGUACGUAUGGCGAGGAAACAACUUUGGAAGCAUUAAAAGCCUCUGAAAAGUUGAUUGCUGAAUUAAAUGAAACUAUGGAAUUCAAAUUGAGAAAAGCGGAGAAACUUCGAGAACAGAGAGAAAAUGAACUUAUGGAAAUGGGAAUCGCUAUUCGUGGUGAUGGCGGUGUCCAAGGUGUCUUCUCGCCUAAAAAAACACCACAUCUUGUCAAUCUUAAUGAAGAUCCAGCCAUGUCAGAAUGUCUUAUAUACUACCUUAAAGAGGGUAAAACGGUAGUUGGUCGAUUAGAAUCUGAGUCAGGAGUUGAUAUUGGAUUAAGUGGUCCUCUUAUUCGAAAUGAACACUGUAUAUUCUAUACUGAUGGUGCUGUGGUAGAAUUUGAACCACUUGAAGAGGCUGAAUGCUAUGUGAAUGGAAGUUUAAUUACAAAACGUAUUCAACUUCAAACAGGUGCUCGUGUAAUUCUAGGCAAAAGUCAUGUGUUUCGUUUCAAUCAUCCAAUUCAAAGUCGGGAGAAAAAACAAGGUUUAACUGAUAUGUGCGCAAGUGCUACAGAACCGAUCGACUGGAAUUAUGCUAUUAGUGAACUUUUGGAGAAACAGGGUGUUGAUUUAAGAAAAGAAGUCGAGGAUAUUCUCAUUCAAUUAGAAGAACAAUAUCGUCGGGAGAAAGAACAAUCUGAUUUGUUGUUUGCAGAACAGAGGAAGGAAUAUGAAGGCCGUAUACAAAGUUUACAAGAACAAGUUGAACGUCAAUCUAUGCUGGGAUCAAUGCUGCAAGAAGAUGUAAUACCGGAAGAGCAACAUGAUGAAACGUUAAAUGAGUGUAAAUGGGGAGAUCAUGAAUACGAAUUAGCUCGAUGGGCCUUCAAUAAAUGGAUCAAUCAUCAGUUUACAUCACUGAGGGAUCAGUUGUGGGAAAAUGCUGUUUACCUGAAAGAAGCUAAUGCUCUAAGUGUCGAACUGAAUAAAAAAGUUCAAUUCCAAUUUGUUUUAUUGACAUCUACACCGUAUACAACCAUUCCAAAUGAACUGAAAAGUGGUACAGUUGACUAUAGUUUAUGUGAUAAUCAUGAUAGUAAAUCCUCGUCAUUGGAGAGUUUGUCAGCGAUAGAUAGGGAAAACAAUCAGUUGACAAAUAGUUAUUGGCAACAAUUAGAUAGAAGACGUAGAAUGAAGUCAAAUAAAGCAACUGUUCUAGUGAUAGAAGUUCGUGACCUCUUGAAUGAUGCAAUCCAAUACUGGAGUUUGAAUACCUUUCAGCGGCGUCUUCAAACUAUGCGUAAUUAUUAUGAAGUUGAAACAGCAUUUUCACCAACUCUUACAAGUUUUGCAAACAAUCCAAUCUAUGGAGGACAUUAUAAUCCUGAUGAUCAUGACGCAACAUCUGGUGAGACUAAAAAAGAUCCAUUUCGAAAUGAAUUUCCAUGGUAUCAAAAAAUUGGAAGAGGUCUUUUAUACUUAACUAAUUUGUACUAUGGAGUAACAAUGACUCAUCAAGUCACUCUGUUAAAUGAACAUUCUCAAAUUACUGGUCUUUUAAAUAUUGAAGUUCAACCUGUUAUGAUGACGAAUAAGCAUCAGGAGAAUAAAACAGAUCGACAAUCUACUUGUCAGUCAGGCGUACAUAAUAAUGAAGUUAAUUCAGACAAUGAACUUGAUGUUUCCUUUAACGAUCUACAUUAUAUGAACUGGAGAUUCCCUAAAUCCACAGUGAAUGAUAAAUAUGUGAAUGGAUACUACAUUAUAGAAAAUGAUCUUCAUGGACACGAACAAAACAACAAUGUUACAAAUGACACUCCAACUCCGAGACCUUCAACAAAUGAAGAUGUAAAAAAACAGAAGGUUGGGAUGGCGAAGUCCAAAUGUCGUCAUCGGUUUUUUCAUGAAUCGACACUUACUGAUAACCGAUUUCUUGACGAAGGACAACUUAAGGAACUACUGGAAGUUUCAACAGACGACUGUCCUAACUUCUUGAAACCAGGUGAAGUAUUCCAUUUUCGUAUUAAUAUUCAAAGCGCAAAGAAGCUGAAUUCGCAGUUCACUGAUAUAUUUUGCCAAUACAGGUUUCAACACCAAUCCAAUCAGAUAUAUUCAACUGAUGCUGUACCAUACGAAAUAGAAGAUGAUGGAGCUAAUAUAUCACAAUCACAAAAUUUUAAAGUAACAAGUACAAUAGCAUUUUUGGAUUAUAUUCGUAAUUAUCCAUUGGAAUUCGAUGUUUAUGGACAUCUUGUUGAAAGAGAUAAAGAGGAUACUUCAGGAAAUAUUACACAGAGUACAUUGAAGUGUUAUAGACAUGGCGUUCCACCGACCCUUCCAAUUUCUGCACCGGUGCCUCCGUUACGCUUAUGCAAUCCAGAAAUGCCUAAAAGUUCUGAACUAUUGCAACGUUAUGAUAUACUUGUCUGGUUUGAAAUACUGGAGUUAGAUCGUAAUGGAGAUUACACACCAGUACCAGUUGAUCGAUUAGAUGAAACACCCUGCCAGGGUGUAUUUCUUAUUCAUCAAGGCAUUCAACGACGUAUCGCUAUCACUCUAGUACAUGAAGUUUGCAGUUUUAAAAAAUCCAACACAAUUGAUGCACAUCUAAACUAUUCAUCUAGCUUGUUUCAUGGAAUACAUGAGGUUGUUGUUGGUCGAGUGCGUGAAACACCUGAAUGGUUAGAUUCUGAUGAACAUACGCAUAUCCUGUCGUUAUCUUUACUGCCUGCACAACAGACACAUGAAGCAAGCAGUGAUCGUAUAUCGUUUCGUUUUGAAGCUGCAUGGGAUUCAUCGCUUCAUGCUUCAAGUUUACUAAAUCUUGUCACACCAAAUGGUCAACGUGUCUAUAUGACAGUCUCUUCUUAUUUAAAGGUGGAUGGUUGUCGUCAGCCUGUUUGUAUGACAAAAGAUAUAGCAAUGGUUGUAUUUCCACGUGAAUCAAAACUUCUUGUACCAAGUCCGCGUCUUACACCAAAUCCUACUCGUGCUAUACUUAGGUCAUUACGUUCAAUUUGGAGUACAUUUUACAGAAGUGUUGAAGCGAAUCGUGUCACCGCUGUAUACGAUUUACAAAUUGGACAAACUGCCUUAAAAGGACAAAAUCAUCAUCACAACCGGUCGAUUAUGGAUACUAGUUUGACUUAUGUUAGAGGAGAAGAAAAUAUCAAAGGUUGGCGACCAAGAGGUGACUCGCUGAUUAUUGAACAUCAAUGGGAGUUGGAACGUUUUGCACGGAUAUCACAGGUGGAAAAAACACGACAAAUGCUAAAACUACGCAAUAUUUUUGACGAUUCAAACACGACACCAUCAGAUCCCCAUCAUCAGUUGGAUACACCUAAAGCCCAUUUAUCAUCAGAAAGUCAAAACCACUCAGAAACUGGCGAGAAAACAAAGGAAUGCGUUGAAAACCCUCCAUCUGUCAAUGAUAAUAGCAAUAAUAGUAAUAAGGAUAGAAAGUUGUCUUCUCCUCCAGUAAGACCGACAACACUUAAUUUGAAAAAUAAGACUGAAAGUAGUAGUAGUAGUAGUAAGGUGAAUACUGAAGAAACAGAGUGCACCUUGAAGAAGGAGGAGGAGGACAGUUCAAAAGAAGAUUCAAUGAAAACAUCAGGUGAACAACAGAAUACUCCAUCUAGAAAUGAACUUAUCAUAAAACGCUGUUUAAAUGCUUUAACUUCUCAUAUGUCUAUUAGCAAAUGCUUAACAAGACAGACUGGUAUUACAACUAAACAGCCUUGUUUAGUCGACUCAGUGUUUAGUGAUAUCUCCUCGCCGAGUGUCUCGAACACCUAUUCAAAGUCGGAUAGUGAUUUUCAUUCGGAUGAUGUGAAAAUUUAUCCUCAGACAGAAAUGACAGCAAGUGUGUAUUCUGAUCAAGCUGCUGAGCUGAAUUUAAGAUCAUUCAGUUCUGGUAUACCGAGAUCGUCUACAACUGAAUCAAUUCAGAAUCUACUGUCUGGUGAAAAGUAUCUUUCAACAUCUUAUCUAGUAGGUGAAUGUGAUGAGGUUCGUAUCAGCCCAGUGAUUAGUCGUAAAGGCUACCUACUUGUUUUGGAGGAAAGAACAGCUGGUUGGUUACGUAGGUGGGCUGUUGUUAGACGACCUUUCCUUUAUCUAUACAAUCAUGAAAGAGAUCUAGUUGAAAGAGGUCUUAUCAACUUGACUACUUCACAAAUAGAAUAUGAUAUGAAUAUGGCAUAUGAAGAAGAAGAAGACUUCACUAUGGAUGAUACGAAAUCUGGUUCUGUUCAUUUGAAUUCUGAAAAUGAGCAUGUUAUGUCACCGACAUCUUUAUUCCCAAGUAAAUUGAAUAUGUUCACACUGAUUACGGAAACACGAACUUUACUUAUACAAACCAUAGCCGAAGAUGGGUCAGACAUUCAUGAUUGGUUGUAUGCGCUUAAUCCUUUGAAAGCUGGAGAAAUUCGCUCACGGUUGGGCAGAAGUCGAAAAAUACGCAGAUCUGAAAAAUUAAACUGUUCAACUGGAUAACAUGCCUUUGUUUCGUCUAUAUAUCUUCGUGUGUUUGCGUUGUGGUGUGUCUGAUGUCUACUUAAAUGAUUUCAGUAGGCUUAAUUAUAAAACCUGAAAAAAACACAACAACAACAUCGGAAUCAGUUUUUAUUACAAAUACAAAACACACAUUCAACAUGUUUGACAAAUUCACAGCAGUUUUAUUUGUUUAGUCAAAUUAAUUAACUGAAUGAACAAGCAUAAAGAAAAAGCUAAGCAACGUUUUGCCUCAAAUUUUUGUUUGUCUGUUCUUUUUGUUUUCAUCCCACUACUUACUUAUCUUAUGUACACAUAUCUGCGUGUUUUCUGUGAAAAAAUUACAUUAUUGUGUGAAUUUCGAGAUUCUUCGGCCAUAACACUGAUCAUUUCUAUGUUUGUCUCCAGUGAAUAUAUCCAUCCCUAUAUACAAACUAUCCCAUAUGCAAUAACCAUGACAAUUGUGCUGCCUCAAAUCAAUUGAUUAAAAACACAAAUCCUCAUUAAAACUCUAAUAUGGUUGUCUCUUCUUGCCUUCUGUUCAGCUUCUCCGUACUUAUUAUAUAUUUUUUGAUUAAUUCUUUUUUGUUUUGUUUUUAUUAUUGAUGUGUUUAAAUUGUUGGCGUCAUUUUUGUUGUGCUAAUUUCUCCUAAAAGUUUCACACUUAUACAGACAUACAGGAUGCCCCUCUUGCCAAUGAAUGUGUAUGCUGAUGUUUAGAUUUUCGGUUUAACGACUGGGUGAGUAUUCAAGUUUUCAAUGAGCAAAACCGCAUAAUAUAUACAUCUGGAAUAGAAGGGAGUACAUUU